GCAAACAGCUGCUCCAGUCGCACCACACCGUCACACAGGUCAGUGAGACAGACUGAGCUCCAUCAGCAACACGAGCCCUCAUGGACCGACUUCUAUGUGACUGUGUGAUUGCUUUGGCUAUACUGAUGUGUGUGGCUACACAGGUGCUGUGUCAGCUGUGUGACAGACCCUGCUUCUGCCCUGGUCCUGCCCCUCAAUGCCCAACAGGAGUCCCCCUGGUGCUGGAUGGCUGCCAGUGCUGCCAGGUGUGUGCCCGGCAGCGAGGCGAGCCCUGCACUGAGAUGCUCCCCUGCGACAGCCAGAGAGGACUGCAGUGCGACUACAGCGCCAGCUUCCCCGGAGACCCUGGGGAGUGUGUCGGUCGGGAGGAUCUGGGCUGUGAAGUCAAUGGCAUCACUUACCAAGAGGGCCAGUCGUUCCAGCCCUCCUGUGACACCUACUGCCACUGCAGAGGUGGAGGGGUGAGCUGUGUGCCAGCCUGUCCCCUGAAUGUGCGUCUUCCCACUCCAGACUGUCCCAACCCACAGCACAUCCGGCUGCCAGGGAAGUGCUGCCGGGAGUGGGUGUGUGAAAACCUUGAUAACACAGUCAUUCAGGACGCCAUUACGGCCAUGAGACCAGACCGGUUGUGGCCAUCCCUGCCAAGGGAUCACCCCCUAAACCGACAGGUCCAACCCGCCUCCACCUGUGUGGAGCAGAGCACCAAAUGGAGCGCCUGUUCCCAGAGCUGUGGGGCUGGGGUCUCCACACGCGUUUCCAACCAGAACCCUGCCUGCAAGCUGCAAAUGGAAACUCGACUUUGCAAAGUGCGACCUUGCCACUCUGUUCAGUCUGCACCCAGGAAACCCACGUUUUCACAGUGGGGACAGCAGGGACGCUGCAAGGCGAGCUACAUGUCACCGGGGCCCAUCCGGCUCAUUCACCAGGGCUGCUACAGCACUCGAGCCUACAAGCUCCGGUACUGUGGGCAGUGCAGUGACUCUCGGUGCUGUACGCCAUACCAGACCACCACUGCCGAGGUGACCUUCCGCUGCCCCACCGGCAGGCUGCUGCAGCGAGCUGUGAUGAUGAUUCACUCGUGCGUCUGUCACAGCAAUUGCCCCUACGCACCAUACACUAACCCUGCUCUGUGGGGACUCAGGCCCUGAUCGGUCUGCGUCAGUGCUGAGAACUAAAAGACUUCAGUGAGAGAAACCUGAAGGAUCCCCAUGUGGAUCGACUAAGGAUGGACCUUGAAAGAGAAAAUGAUCAUUAUGAGAACUGUGACUCUGCUGGGAUGAACGUUAAUCUUCACACGUGGACAAACUCUGUGUGCACUUAUUCACAACUCCUAUAUAGUUCUGCACCUUGUAAAGCAUUGAUCUGCAGGUCUUUAACCACAUUCAGAGAUUGAAAUUAGUUGGCAAAUCAAACAAGCAGACUUUAUUUUCAAAGGUUAAAAAAUGCUUUAUAAGAAAAUAGCUGAAAUACAGGAUAUGCAGGGGAUAUACAGACAGGUGACAAACUGAAAAACCAACACAAAUUGUCUUUGUAAAGUGCUGAACCACUGUGUGCAUCCCAAAUAUGUCCCAUGGGUGUUUCUUUAGGUUACGAUCUGGUGACUGUGAAGGCCACAGCAUGGGAUUCACAUCAUUUUCCUUAAACAACACUCACCCCUUUGUGCCCUGUAGACAGGGGCUUUGUCAUCCUGGGUGAGACCACUCUUAUCAGAAUAGAAAUGUUUCAUCAGAGCAUAAAUACAUUUGUAGUGAUUUACAAUGAAACUUCCCUCUAAGAUGAAAUGGAACCAAAUCAUGCCAGAAAAAUGCCCUUCACAGCCUCACAGAGAAACCAGACUCCCUCAUUGUUGGGGUCAGCGGUUCAGGUUUUUCCUUUAAUUUGUCACCUGUCUGGAACUGUAUAACCCACAAGUUAUGGGACUUUUUAAAGAUGUGCACUGACUUGGUUUCUCAAAGACUUUGUUUCCUCCAGAGUUCAGACAGAACAACAACCUUCUUUGAGUACAGAGUACGUGAGCAUGCAAUGCUGUCAAAAGUGACAUUUUAAAAUCACCUUGAGGCAUCAUGCAAUAAAAGAAUCAAUUUCCCCAAAUUUUUAGUCAAUUCGUGCAGAGCAUCUUAGCUGUAAAAAGCUGAACUGGUCAUAUGGAGCUCACAGUUUUGGUUGGGAUGAGAAGUUUGUUUGUCUAACACUUGGACUUUAUGACAAGCAAUUCUGCAUAACUCUGUCUGGACCAAUAACAAGAGUACAGUUUUAAUUUUUAAACCUAAACUAUAAAUUGAGAACACUGGACCUCAGUGGAUAGAAGAUAGUUUUGAAGACUUAUUUAGGUUGCUGACUUUAAACCUAUGUCCAUAUUGGUGAUAGAAUUGUAUCCAACAAAAUGACUCCGACCUUUGUGUUGACAGAUUUUGUUCUCUGAUAUGAGCAAUGAGUUUUUAAGUUGUACAGUUUUGUUGUUGUGUAUGUAGUCGGAUGACAUUGCACUUAUUUCUUCACUUGGUGUUUUGUUGUAAAUAUUUCUGGUCAGAUGUGUCUUAUGUAUAGUGAAAAAUAUUUGAAUAUUUUAUAUAUGUCCUGCAUUCUUACUCCCAGAGAAUUUUGCAUUUGUGAUUGAUAUUUUUUUUCAUACUGCAGUACUCACAGAUUAAAUAGAUCUUUUGUACAUAUGUACCUUUUUCCCAACAUUUCACUUCAGCACUGAUGACUAAUUGUUCCCACUAAACAUCUUCUUGCUGA